AUGAUCAAGGAAAACAUACUUGGUAAUGGAUUUCACGAAGUUGGGGAAGCGGGAGUCCAGCUUCUCGGCCAGCUCCUGGGCCUUCGUGAUGGCGUGCCUCCGCUCCUCGUCGGUCGCGGACCCCCGGUCCGGCAGGUCCUUCCUCCCCAAGCGACGAGGAACAGCAAGGCCAUUGGCCAAGCAACCGGGACCCACCGGCUUGGCGGCGGCCUCUCUGACGGCGGCGGAGAGGUGGUGGAGCAGGAGCUCCUCGAGCUUGCGCUUGUUCGCCUCCACCUGCCUCCGUCUCUGCUUCUCGUACACCACCGCCUCCGCCAUCUCCGUCUGCUGUGCCUUCCGCACUCUGUCUAG